GUUCCGGCUGAACCAGUGGCACAGAUGGUGCCUACCGGUAUGGGACGGCAACACUGAAUGGUGUACCUCGUUGAACUUUCGUUCAGGUUUGAGUCGUACGACUCGCGCUCCAGUCGCCCAGGACGCACCUGCAUUAGCGACCAGCGUCAUCAGCUUCGCCAUAUCGGUACGUGACCUUAACGUGCGCGCGCGUGGCAGUCGCGGGAGGUUGGGCCCCUCCCCACCUGCUCUCGCUGACCGUCCGCUUGGGCAUCGGUCACGGGCAAAUUCCGAUGGUUGUCGGAAUUCUGUGUACAAAAAUGGGACCACAGAGGUGGUUAGCCCAUUCCGGCCCUCACGAGGUUCGCGCUGGCGCUGCGCGACCUAGUCCUACUUGUGAUGCCUAGAAUGUGAUGUCUUGAGUUCGUUGGAUAGAUUGAGAAUGAAUUAGGUACCUUGUGGGCGGCAGGAGCGCACGGCGCACGAAUCUACAACUCCAU